UGAGACCGGGGCGAUACACUGCUAGUUUGCGCUUCGCACGGCGGCUCUCGCACACACGUUCACACGAGCCCGGCAGCGGUCGGUUCAACACACCGGUGACCAGGUUAACUAGUUCCCAGGGGGGGUCGCCAUGUCUGUGUUGUGUUACAAUAAGGGAUGUGGAGAGAGGUUUGACCCAGAGAACAAUCCGGACGAUGGCUGCACCUAUCACCCGGGAGUCCCUGUGUUCCAUGAUGCAUUGAAGGGAUGGUCGUGCUGCAAGAGAAGAACCACGGACUUCUCUGACUUCCUCAGCAUUGUUGGAUGCACCAAAGGUCCCCACAACAAAGAGAAGCCUCCUGAGCCGGUGAAACCAGAUGUGACGUCAUCGGGAGAAGGGAAAGAAACAGACGACCAAAAAAACAAGUUUAACGAGUUCAUCAUCUCCGCACCAAUACCUCAGGAGGCGAUUCGCAGACCGAGUGGUGACGAGCCGUUGGUGAGGUUGCAGCACAAAGUCUCGACUUCUCUGAAGCAGGCACUGGAGAAACUGAAGCUGACUGAAAACACUGCAGAGGAGAAAGAGGAAGACAGCGACGUGAUCAAGAUCGGAACGUGCUGUAAAAACGGAGGCUGUACCAAAAGUUUUGAAGGACCUGCAAGUGAUUCUGAACCAUGUUUCUUCCACUCUGGAUUUCCUAUCUUCCAUGAAGGGAUGAAAUACUGGAGCUGCUGCAAGAGGAAAACCUCUGACUUCAACACCUUCCUCUCUCAGGAGGGCUGCACCAAGGGAACACAUCUAUGGAGGAAGAAAGACGAGGGUAAGAAAGUAGUUCCGUGUCGGUUUGACUGGCACCAGACUGGGACGCAGGUCAUCGUCUCCAUCUACGCUAAGAACGCCGUCCCUGAGCUGAGCUACGUGGACGCAAACAGCAUCACGCUCGACAUUCAUCUUAUAUUUGAAGGGGAAAAGGAAUUUGCGCAGAAAUUCAGCUUGUGGGGGGUGAUAGACGUGAGCAGAACCACAGUGAACAUGAUGGCGGCCAAGAUCGAGAUAGCCAUGAGGAAGUCCGAGGCCAUGUCGUGGGCUCGUCUGGACCUCCCUCCCCCCGUCCCGCCUCCCCAGGUGGAGGUGAAGACAGAAGUGGACAGUGAAGACGAAGAUGAAGACGACUGAUGAGGACUUACAACUCACACAGUCCUUUCUUUACCUCUUUAUAGAGUCGCCUCUUUCGCUGACGUGGGAUUUUGGCCUCUUCCUCAACAUUUACAGCUCAUAACGCUCAGAUGCAACCUUCCUUGAUUUUGCCAUUUUUUCUAAAUUUUUUGUCUUUAUUCUUUUUGUUCAUUACGUUUAUUCUAAAAAUCUACAAGUAUUGCCUUUUUUUUUUUCACUUAAGGACUGCAUGAUUUGGGGGGG